AUGUUUUUAAUAGUCUGUUCUUAUGAGGAGAUGCAGCAAAAAUCUGAUGUACAGCUUAGCACGUUACCAUUUAUGUUGCUGGUAGGAGCUGCAAUAGCCCGUUUCAUCUCGUCAGAUCUUCUCGUGGUGAAUGAUGGGCCGGUUAAUCAAAUCGCCAAUAUAACUUAUGGAGUAGAAAACAUAAAUCAAGGCAGCUUGACGUCCAUUUUUUCUCCGCGUAUGGAUUUUGAUCAAUGGAAACCGCUUACUGGUCGAGGGGACCCUCUCCGUAACGAUCCAACAUAUGACUACGAGCCCCCAGUCCUCGAUAGAGUUCAUUACUGGGCUGAUGAAACUAGACUUGAAAGAGAGCAUUAUCCAGAAAGAAAAUCAGAAGUACUAAUGCUUGGUGUUUCUUCCCGAAAACCUAGCGUUACAUCUCGUCAGCCACCAUUGCCAUCUUUACCCCCCAGACGACAUAUGCAUCGACCACUGCUGAAUAAGUACGAAGAUUUUACUUAUAAACUUAGUGAUCAUUAUCCUAUGACAAUACUAGUUCCUCCGCCACCUCCACCUCCUGGACAUCAACCACCAUUGUUCGUGCUCCCUGAAGAUAAACUUACGAAUGCCAACAAACCACAAUCACAAUUGGUAGCCUCGCCCAGUGAUCCCCCUCAAGAGAUAAUCACUGACCCAACUACCGCUCCAGAAUAUUUAUCAUCGUUCUAUGCCUUACAAGAAUCUAACCUAAUUUAUCAAUCUUCUACUACUCAAAACUGGAUCACAAAUGAUACAAAAUCUAUAGCUAAUCAAGCUGUAAGUAGUGAUUAUGCUGGUUGGGGUCCAACGACACCAGUUCAGGAUAACGAUGCAAAUAAUGAAACUUUUAAUUUUAUAUCUAAGGACCACGUAGAAUUGUCAAAUCAUCCAUACUCAUUCUACAAGCCAAUGUCAUCUGAACCACUGCCAAAGAAAACAUCUAGCCCUUUAAUUCUUUCUACUUUCUUGCCAACUGUUUUGCCACCUACAACAGUCUUAGAAACAACUACAACUUUUAGUCAAGCGACUUGGCCUACAGAACGAACCACUGAUGCAUUAGAUCUUCCUACAGAGGCACCUCAAGAGGAUACUACUGAAAGCGAUAACUCAGUUUUGUUACAACAAACUCCAAUUCCUACUUCUGGUACUAACUCACAAACAAGUAUGUUAGAUAUGCUUAGACCAAUGAUGACUAUGCCAAUGGUUAAUGGUCCAGAAAGACCUGAAGAUAACCUUUACGCACAUGCGUCAGAAAACAUUCAAGUAUUCAACGUCAACGAACACAAUCUUAAAGAUAUCCAGAUUGAAACAAUGCAAACUAUGCAACCCCCACCACCUAUUAAACCUUCUGAAAGUUCAACUAUGACACACAUUCAACAAUUUCACGUAAAUUCGCAACUCUCUAAUAAAAAUCCAACAUUUUAUACGCACGGACCUUAUUUGCACGCCCGUUUUACAACACCAAUAGCUACAACUAUAGAUGACUAUUCAGAAAAUAUUAAACAGACCACAGAAUUGCCUACUGCAUCAAUGUACUUAAUAAUACAAGGGCACUCAAAAGUCAAAACAUAUGGAUCGAAGCCGAAAGAAUCAGAAAGUAAAGUUGUCAUCGGGAAUGAAAUUCCUAAGCUUAAUAAAACAAAUGAGGUCAAACAUCUCCAUCCAAUUACAAAAAAAACCGCUAAGAAACUUGAUAUAACUGACAUAAACCGAAAAAGUAAAUCUAAUAAUCUUAAAACACUCAUUGACAAAGGUUUCGGAUCAAUUGAAAUACAGGAGACUGAUCUUGGAAUUAAAUAUGACGUCAGUGAUGGUAGUAAUGUUCCAAUAGAAGUAUACAGAAAAGGAAUAGUAGACAAUGACCAGAACGAUUAUUCAUCUGGCAAAAUAAAAAGUGUGGCAACACGAAUAAAGCGUCAGAUUGAUCUAGAGGAUUUAAUGCCUUUCGACGAAGAUGAUAUAGAAGAGUAUGUAUUUAAAUCUUUAGAAGGAAAAAAAAAUGAAACUAGUAUUACUGGAUUAAUCGCACAAGCAGUAACUAGCGACGCAGCCUCAGCUGUGGAUGAAUUAGAUAAUGAAGACGAUAUAUUAGAAGAAGAAAGAUGA